UCCAUUUCCAAUAAAACCUCUUUGGUUUUUUUAGUGAGUGUCUUUGUGACGAGUUUAGGAAGUUAAAAAAGGGUGAGAGUUGAAGUAGAGUUAGCAAUCAAAGAGAAGGCCACAUGGGGAGAGCUGAUUGGACAACUCCAAAGCUUCUUCUUCCACUUGUAAACCUUCCAUGUUUCAUCGUAGCAUUGAUUUGCUUUACAAGCUUGGGAUUAACCACCGCCGACGACCCUAUUCUUCAUCCUGAAGAAGUGAAGGCACUGAAAGCAAUAGGGAAGAAGAUAGAGAAAAAGGAUUGGGAUUUUGGGAUAGAUCCAUGUAGUGGAAAAGGGAAUUGGAUGGCAAAAGGAGAUGGAGAUGAAGGAUUUGAAAGCAUUGUCAUAUGUAAUUGCUCUUUCAACAACAACAAGACCUGCCAUGUAGUAAGCAUAUCUUUAACUGCUUUGAAUAUAUCGGCAACUUUACCACCAGAUUUUUCCAAGCUCCGACACCUGAAAGUGCUGGACCUAAGUCGGAACUAUUUCACAGGUACUAUUCCUCGAGAAUGGACUACCUUGAAGUUGGAAACGCUCUCUUUUAUGGGGAACCGGUUGUCUGGUCCUUUCCCAAAAGUUCUCACCAACAUCACUAGCCUCACAAACCUGUCUAUUGAAGGAAACAACUUUUCCGGAUCCAUUCCUCCAGAGAUUGGAAAGUUGAUAAAUUUACAGAAACUUACUCUGUCAUCGAAUGCCUUCAGUGGAGAACUGCCAGUAGAACUUGCCAAGUUGAUCAACUUGACUGAUAUGAGAAUAAAUGACAAUAACUUUUCAGGAAAGAUACCUGAUUUCAUCAGUAACUGGAAGCAGAUUCAAAAACUGCAGAUUCAGGGUAGCUCUCUUGAGGGGCCAAUACCCUCCAGCAUUUCUGCACUGACUAGUUUAUCUGAUCUGAGGAUUAGUGACUUAAAAGGCGCAAGAUCUCCUUUCCCUCUGUUGCGUAACAUGGACUCACUGAAGACAUUGAUACUAAGGAACUGCUUAAUAUAUGGAGAAAUCCCAGAGUAUAUUGGAGAUAUGAAGAAAUUGAAAACCCUGGAUCUCAGCUAUAAUAACUUGACCGGAGAAAUUCCUGGAUCAUUCCACAAAUUGACAAAAGCAGAUUUCUUGUAUUUGACCGGAAAUCAGCUCACUGGUUCAGUGCCUCAGUGGAUCGUGGAAAGAAAUAAAAAUGCGGAUUUGUCUUACAAUAAUUUCACAUGGGAGCCUGCAAGUCCAAUAGAAUGUCCUCGAGGGAGUGUGAACUUGGUUGAGAGCUACUCAACAUCAGUAGAUAAAUUAAGUAGGGUUCCUUCAUGUCUAAGGCACAAGUUCCCAUGUUCUGUUUCAUCUAAACAAUAUAAGUACUCAUUGCACAUUAAUUGUGGAGGGAAGGAACUAAACAUCAGUGGUGAUACCACAUAUGAAGCUGAUAUUGAACCAAGAGGAGCUUCUAUGUUUUACCCAGGGCAUGGCUGGGCAUUAAGCAGCAGUGGAAACUUCAUGGAUAAUGAUAUUGAUGCGGAUGAAUACAUCGUUACCAAUACUUCUUCUUUGUCCAAUGUCUCUGCAAUCCAUUCAGCACUAUAUACAACAGCUCGUAUUUCUCCCCUCUCUCUCACUUAUUAUGGACUCUGCCUAAUGAAAGGGAACUACACUGUUAGUCUACUCUUUGCUGAAAUUAUUUUUAAAAGCGAUCGAUCCUUUUACAGCCUUGGCAAACGUAUAUUUGAUGUCUAUAUCCAGGAUGAAUUGGUGCUGAAAGAUUUUAAUAUUGAAGAGGAAGCUGGUGGUACUGGUAAGCCCAUUGUAAAGAACUUUACGGUUGUCCUAACAACACAUACAUUAAAAAUCCACUUUUACUGGGCUGGAAGAGGGACUACAGGCAUACCAGCAAGGGGGAUGUAUGGCCCUAUUAUUUCAGCUAUAUCAGUGGUUCCAAAUUUUCGGCCCCCAAUUAUUGUUGGCAAAAGGAAUUAUCUUGUAGUGGUGGUUGGGGCAAUAUCUGCAGCCAUAGUUAUUGUCCUUAUGGUCUUAGGUAUCCUUUGGAGAAAAGGCCGGUUGGGAGGCAAAAACUCUGUUGAGAAAGAGCUGAGAGGCCUGGAUCUGCAAACAGGAAUUUUCAGUCUAAGACAGAUUAAAGCUGCCACCAAGAACUUUGAUACUGAAAACAAAAUUGGCGAGGGUGGCUUUGGUUGCGUGUAUAAGGGUCUAUUAUCAGAUGGAACAGUUAUUGCAGUGAAACAGCUUUCCUCAAAAUCUAAGCAGGGAAAUCGCGAAUUCGUGAAUGAAAUAGGCAUGAUAUCUGCACUGCAGCAUCCAAAUCUUGUGAAGUUGUAUGGAUGUUGUGUUGAAGGAAACCAGUUAUUGCUAGUAUACGAGUACAUGGAAAAUAACUGUCUAUCUCGUGCUUUAUUUGGGAAGAAUGCUACAUGCAAACUGAAACUGAACUGGCCAACCAGACAAAAGAUUUGCCUUGGCAUUGCCAGGGGUUUGGCCUACCUCCACGAAGAGUCUAGAAUAAAAAUUGUGCAUAGGGAUAUUAAAACAAGUAACGUGUUGCUUGAUAAGGAUCUCAAUGCAAAAAUUUCUGAUUUUGGUUUGGCAAAGCUAAAUGAAGAUGACAAAACUCACAUCAGCACUCGUAUAGCUGGGACCAUUGGUUAUAUGGCCCCCGAGUAUGCAAUGCGUGGUUACCUAACCGACAAAGCUGAUGUGUAUAGCUUUGGUGUUGUUGCUUUGGAAAUUGUUAGUGGAAAGAGCAAUACAAACUACAGGCCUAGUGAGGACUUUGUUUACCUUCUUGACUGGGCAUAUGUUUUGAGAGAGCGGGGAAGUUUGUUGGAGUUAGUCGAUCCGGACUUGGGAUCAGAGUACUCGUCGGAGGAGGCAAUGGUCAUGCUGAAUGUGGCUCUCCUAUGCACCAAUGCAUCUCCCACCCUGAGGCCUACCAUGUCACAGGUAGUAAGCAUGCUCGAAGGUCGAACAGCUGUUCAAGAUCUCUUAUCGGAUCCGGGGUUUUCAUCCAUGGAUUCAAAAUUCAAGGCCUUGGUUAAUCACUUUUGGCAAAAUCCAAGCCAAACACUAAGCAUGUCGACCAGUGGCACAGUUACUGAUUCUGCAAGUUCUAAUAUAGAAAUAGAAGAGAGCAGAAAUCGUUGAGAGUUAAUUCUGUUCAAUCUGAGGUGCAACUUGUACCAUUAUUAUUGUUUUUCUUUUAUUGUUCUGGUUACAUCUGAGCAAGGGUUCAAACCUUUAUCCCUCUACUAGGCGAAGCUUUUAUGUCUGCUGCUGCCACCGCCAACCCCGCGGUUGCAUGUCAUCAUCAUCGUCAACGUUGUUUAUAGAAUCAAAAUCAAGUGUAUAUAGUAAUGAAAAUAUUCAUUGUUAUACUAAUGUACUUAAUAAUGUAUUGUUGUGAAAAUAACAAAUAAAACGAACAAAUAGUGGACUUAUAAAUAAA